GACAACAGAUCUUGCUGUUCGGUAAAUGUUUCCUUUUUCAAGCAUCAGCGCAGUGUUGGUAAAGUGUCCAUACCGUGAGCGCGUACAGUCCGGCAUGUCCAAGAGGAAGCGCGCUGCACGCAGCUUUGAGGCUUCAUCACUAUUCACCGCUACUGACCACAUGGUGCCGAAAAAAUGACUCGGACUCUUUCCAUCCUCGCUUACUUUUUCUCGUUGGUUCACUGUAGCAGCAGUGCUGACUCAGAGGAGCGUCUCAUGAACUGGUUACUGGGAGAGGAUCGUUACAAUCCACUCAUCCGCCCGGCUGCCAACAGGACCGAGAGAGUCACGGUGAAGCUGCAAGUGUCUCUGGCACAGCUCAUCAGUGUGAAUGAAAGAGAACAGAUCAUGACCACAAAUGUCUGGCUCACUCAGCACUGGGUGGAUUACAGGUUAUCAUGGGACCCUGCAAAGUACGAAGGCAUCGACAAGCUGCGUAUUCCAUCCAAACACAUGUGGCUCCCAGAUAUCGUUCUGUACAACAAUGCUGAUGGUACUUAUGAGGUAACAGUCUUCACCAAUGCCAUUGUUCUAUUCAAUGGCACCAUCAGUUGGCUCCCUCCAGCCAUUUACAAAAGCGCCUGUAAGAUUGAGGUCAAGCAUUUUCCCUUCGACCAGCAGAACUGCACCCUCAAGUUCCGUUCUUGGACAUAUGACCACACAGAAAUAGACCUAAUCCUGAAGUCUCAGGUGGCUAGUAUGGAUGACUUCACACCCAGUGGGGAGUGGGAUAUCUUAGCACUACCAGGUAGACGGACCGUCAACCCUCUAGAUCCCACCUAUGUGGACCUCACAUAUGACUUCAUCAUCAAGAGGAAGCCUCUUUUCUACACCAUAAACCUAAUUAUUCCCUGUAUUUUGAUCACCUCUCUGGCCAUCCUCGUCUUUUACUUGCCUUCAGACUGUGGAGAGAAGAUGACCCUCUGCAUCUCUGUCCUUUUGGCUCUGACUGUGUUCCUGCUUUUAAUCUCAAAGAUUGUUCCUCCAACUUCCCUGGAGGUACCCCUGAUUGGCAAGUACCUGAUGUUCACCAUGGUGCUGGUGACCUUCUCCAUCAUCACCAGUGUGUGUGUGCUCAAUGUGCACCACCGCUCUCCCAGCACCCACACUAUGCCCUCCUGGGUCAAGCUGAUAUUUCUUGUCAAACUGCCUGCCUUACUCUUUAUGGAACGUCCUCACAAUAGCUCGGCACGCCAAAGGCUUCGUCAGCAACGGUGCCUACGGGCAAGAAGAGUCAUUUUAGGUUUGGGUUACCCUGUUGCAUCAAAAACAGGUAUCACCGCAUCAUCUUCUGCCUUGCUGUCUUCCGAUUCUGCCUUCUCCACCCCAGGACACAAAAAUGUAGUGUCUUCAAUGGGCUGUAGCCAGUCCAACAGGAAAGGGGACUUGCACUCCACUGAUUACCUUCCCAGUUCCACCCAGGACCUUGAACAGAGAAGCGACUCAGAUUGGGCUGCUGAUAUCCAGGAGGCAGUGAAUGGGGUGCGCUUUGUGGCUGAGCACAUGAUGGGAGAUGAUGAUGAUCAGAGUGUGAUAGAGGACUGGAAGUAUGUGGCCAUGGUGGUGGAUCGUGUGUUCCUGUGGAUCUUUGUGAUAGUGUGUGUGGUGGGCACCCUGGGCCUGUUUCUCCAGCCUCUUUUUCAGAGUCAGGUUAUUCCCAACCAGCAGCCCAGCUCGGAGACCCCUCGCAUCUGAGGACUAUCACUGAAGACUGAGUGAUUCUAAGCUGUUAGGAUAAACGUAGUUAUAAAGGGAUGCAGGCAAAUAAUAGAUAAUAGUUUUGAAGUCUUCUAAGGGUUUGCUUUUUUUUUUCUAUGGUGUAUUAGCAAAACCAGAAGUCCCUGACAUAAUUCUAUGUGUGCUGCAGUCCACCAAGAUGGCACCUGAGUGAAUUGCAGGCCAAAUGAUAUGAUCUGAUAUAGAUAGGAGUGCCAGUUGUCUUCUGUCAUCUCUUGAUUAACUAUUCUUUGUGCUUAGGUUAUAUUACCAUAUCACUGAAAUGUGAUAUGUGAGGAAUAAUAAGGAUAAAUCUGUGUCCUCUGUCAGUUUGAUUAAAUGUAUGAAAUCUCCAGUGAGGUCCUAAAAUUGUCAGGCUCUUGCCAAAGCGGUGAUACAUUUCUCAGAGCCAAUAGGUUUACUGAGGUUGUGCCAAUUACAACAUUUCAUCACAUACAUAAGACAGCUAUUCACUAUAAUGUGAGAUUGUAUGACCAGACCAAAAAAAUAUGUUGAUGCAACAAAAUCACUGGAUGAUGUUGUUAAUAAUGUCUUAAGACCCAAUAGUUUUGCCAUAGCAGCAGCCAUAGUUGUGACACACAUUCUUAAGCAAAACGCUUCUAUAAAUUUUUACCAAGGCUUUUAUGAAAAAGAGAAAAUGAUCUUAAUCUCUGUUGUGUGCUUAUUUGUACAGCCAGGCAAGCAGAUCCCCCCCCCCCACACACACAAAUGUAGUGCUUAA